CAAGUGAGUGGCUACGAGCCUACGAUAGAUCUCCGCCUUUGUCUCUCGAACAACGCACUACGCGGCAAGUCGCCAUUUCGCCAAGUUCCUUCGCUUCCACCGCGAUUCGGUCCCCGUCCUCAUCAAAUGCUGAAUUGAGAAGUUUGGCUUCUCGUGAUUUAAUUGUACUGCAACUGAAGUGGGAAGUGAUAGUGACCACUCAAGUGAGAACUGAGAACUCUUCCCCCCCUCCCCUGCAACAUCAGCAAACACACCCUUCUUCUUCUUCUUCUUCUUCUUCUUCAGAACUCGUACUUCUUUCUCUCAGUAAAGUGAGGACGGGUACAGCAUAGGAAGGGUACACAGGUUCGGCAACCAAAGAAAGCCUUAGGAUUCCGGUUAAAGGCCCAGGAAUCGAGACCCACAAUACAAAUCUGAUCAGGUGAUUCAGAUCUGAUCUCGUUUUAACAAUGGGGGGGCAAUUGAAUCUCCCAUUUUCGAAGCGAAAUGCUCGACAAUGGAGGCUUCUCGAUCUCGUCUCCGCUGCUUUCUUUGGGGCCAUCUUCGUUUUCUUCCUCCUCGUCUUUACUCCCCUAGGCGACUCGCUCGCCGCCUCCGGACGUCAGACGCUUGUCCUCUCCACGGGGGAUCCUCGCCAGAGGCAAAGGAUGGUUGCCCUAAUUGAGGCUGGGAAGCAGCAGUCUAUUGAAGCCUGCCCUGCCGAGGCAGUUGAUCACAUGCCCUGUGAAGAUCCCAGGAGGAACAGUCAGCUUAGCAGAGAGAUGAAUUUCUACCGUGAGCGGAAUUGCCCAUUGCCCGAGGAGACUCCGCUCUGCUUGAUCCCUCCACCCGAGGGAUACCGGAUCUCAGUCCAGUGGCCCGAAAGCUUGCAUAAGAUAUGGCACAGCAAUAUGCCACACAAUAAAAUUGCUGAUAGAAAAGGUCACCAGGGAUGGAUGAAGGAACAAGGGCCAUACUUUAUUUUCCCUGGUGGUGGUACAAUGUUUCCUGAUGGUGCUGUACAAUAUAUUCAAAAAUUGGGACAAUACAUCCCAAUAACUGGAGGAGUUUUGAGAACAGCGCUGGAUAUGGGAUGUGGGGUUGCCAGCUUUGGCGGGUACCUACUUCAUGAAGAUAUUUUGACACUCUCAUUUGCCCCUAGAGAUUCACAUAAAGCACAGAUACAGUUUGCAUUAGAAAGGGGAAUACCAGCAUUUGUUGCUAUGCUUGGUACUCGCAGGUUACCAUUUCCUGCGUACUCCUUUGAUCUAAUUCAUUGCUCUCGUUGUCUGAUCCCGUUUACUGCCUACAAUACAACAUACUUUGUUGAAGUUGAUAGGUUGCUACGACCAGGAGGUUAUCUGGUCAUCUCUGGUCCCCCUGUACAAUGGCCUAAACAAGGUAAAGAAUGGGGAGAUCUGCAGGCUGUAGCAAGGGUGUUGUGUUAUGAGCUGAUUGUUGUAGAUGGAAAUACUGUCAUUUGGAAAAAACCUUCAGAUGAUUCAUGUAUGUCCGGUCAGAAUGCGUUUGGACUUGAAUUGUGCACCGACUCUGAUGACCCAAAUUAUGCAUGGUACUCCAAGUUGAAGAACUGUGUUAGUAAGAUGUCCUCCCAUGUGGGAGAAUAUGCUGUUGGGAGCAUUCCUAAUUGGCCAAAGAGGCUAACAAAAGCUCCCUCAAGAGCAACACUCCUGAAAAAUGGAGUUGAUGUGUUUGAUGCUGAUACACGGCGUUGGGCAAGAAGGGUUGUGCACUACAAGGAAUCUCUUAACUUGAAGCUUGGCACUCCAUCCAUACGCAACGUUAUGGACAUGAAUGCAUUGUAUGGAGGCUUUGCAGCAGCAUUGUUCUCAGAUCCUGUAUGGGUAAUGAACGUUGUUCCUCCUCACAGUCCUACAAUUGGUGUGAUUUAUGACAGAGGCCUGAUUGGAGUGUAUCAUGAUUGGUGUGAGCCAUUCUCGACAUACCCUCGAACUUAUGAUUUCAUUCAUGUGAACAGCAUUGACUCACUUGUGAAGUAUCCAGGCUCAGGCAGGAACAGGUGUAAUCUUGUGGAUUUGAUGGUGGAGAUUGACCGGAUGCUGCGUCCAGAAGGAACGGUAGUUGUUCGAGAUUCCCCUGAAGUCAUUGACAAAGUGGUCCGGAUUGCACGUGCAAUAAGGUUGACUGCCACCAUACAUGAUCCAGAGACUGAAUCAACUGGGAGGGAGAAGAUUCUUGUAGCUACCAAGAAAGAUUGGAAGCUAUUUUGAGCUUCCCAGUGACACGGCCUUGUGUUCUAUGUUCUUUGAUCCUCCCCCUUCCCAGUCCGUGAGUCCAAGAAGUAAUUGUCAAUCCAUACAAGGAAAAAAAAGAGGGAAAGAAUAGGAAAAAGGAAAUGCAGGUUUUUUCUUACCCUUCCCUCGUGUUUGGGUUAAAUCAUUGUGUUUUUUUGGUUGCUGCAAGUCAAGCUUUGUAUUAAUUGUAAAAUAGGUUCUAUUUAUUUAGAGCCAAGAAAAAUCAAUGGCUUUCCUUCAUUCUUUUUUGUUU